AUGAUAUCCAGAGCGGCGGCUCCCUCCACUUCCUCCAUCUCCCACCUCUCAUCCCGCUCCCUCCGCGCCCAGGGAGCGGCCGCCCGCUCCUUCGCGACCGUGCAAGAGGCUCCUCCCGUCAAGCACUAUGGCGGACUCAAGGACCAGGACCGCAUCUUCACCAACCUCUACGGACACCAUGGCGCCGAUCUGAAGUCAGCAACGAAGUACGGUGACUGGCACCGCACAAAGGAUAUGGUUCUGAAGGGUCAUGACUGGCUCAUUUCCGAGAUCAAGGCCUCCGGUCUGCGUGGACGUGGUGGUGCUGGUUUCCCCUCAGGAUUGAAAUACUCUUUCAUGAACUUCAAGGACUGGGAUAAGGACCCACGCCCUCGUUAUCUGGUUAUCAACGCCGAUGAGGGUGAGCCAGGUACCUGCAAGGAUCGUGAGAUUAUGCGAAAGGACCCCCAGAAGCUCAUCGAGGGCUGUCUGGUCGUCGGUCGCGCGAUGAACGCCAAUGCCGCCUACAUUUACAUUCGUGGUGAGUUCUACCAUGAGGCAACUGUUCUCCAGCGUGCCAUCAACGAGGCCUACGAGGCCGGUCUCAUCGGAAAGAACGCCUGCGGUACCGGUUACGAUUUCGACGUCUACAUUCACCGUGGAAUGGGUGCCUACGUCUGUGGUGAGGAGACCUCCCUGAUCGAGUCCAUCGAGGGCAAAGCCGGCAAGCCCCGUCUUAAGCCUCCUUUCCCCGCUGCCGUCGGUCUGUUCGGUUGCCCCAGUACCGUCACCAACGUCGAGACUGUCGCCGUGGUGCCAACUAUCAUGCGCCGUGGUGCCAACUGGUUCUCAUCUUUCGGCCGUGAGCGUAACGCCGGUACCAAGCUAUUCUGUAUCUCCGGUCACGUCAACAACCCCGUCACCGUCGAGGAGGAGAUGUCCAUCUCCCUGCGUGACUUGAUUGAGAAGCACUGUGGAGGUGUCCGUGGUGGAUGGGACAACUUGCUUGCUGUUAUCCCCGGCGGUUCUUCUACUCCCGUCAUUCCCAAGUCUGUGGCUGAUAACCAGCUCAUGGACUUCGAUGCCCUGAAGGACUCUCAGACUGGUCUCGGUACGGCCGCCGUCGUUGUUAUGGACAAGUCUACCGAUAUCGUCCGUGCUAUCUCCCGUCUGUCUACCUUCUACAAGCACGAGUCUUGCGGUCAGUGCACUCCCUGCCGUGAAGGUAGCAAGUGGACCAUGCAGAUGAUGCAGCGUCUGGAGACCGGUAACGCUCGCGAGCGUGAGAUCGACAUGCUCCAGGAGCUCACCAAGCAGGUUGAGGGUCACACUAUCUGUGCUCUGGGUGAGGCUUUCGCCUGGCCUAUCCAGGGUCUUAUCCGUCACUUCCGACCUGAGCUCGAGGCCCGUAUCAAGGAGUACCAGAAGGAGCUUGGUGGUGCCUCACCCUAUGCUGGUGGCUGGAAGCCCGAGAGCCGUGCUGAGGGCAAGCUGAUCUCCCCCGGCCAAUAA